CCAGAGAGGUGACGACUAUAAUAAUACGUAUAUAUUUGACUAAGGUGUGCCUCUGGGUAACUGUGACACUGAAGCAGGUUGUCUAAAAACAAACACAGUUCGUUGUAACGAUGUGACUGUUUUUUUUUUAUUAGGUCUUUAUAAGAUAUUUAAAAACGUGAGCUUUAGAAUUUAUUGCUGUAUGGUUAAACGGAGCGCACUGGUUAGAUCUCAGAUUUAAUCUUGCCUUCUGCUGGGGCCGGUUUUUCAAAACGUAAUGAUCCGGAUUUUGAAUUCCUAGAUUUUGUGAUCGCGAUUCAUUUAAAAACAAAACGAAUUUCGUAAGCAUAAUUAUUUGGAAUGUGGAUACACGUAAUCCAGCAAUGACAUUUUCUGGAAAAAAAAAAAAAACAGAUCAAAACGAUCCAGAUAAAAGAACGGGCCAUGGUGCUUAAUUUAAAAAGUUAAUAAACCAGAAAGUUAGUUUUCGAGUGCUGCUUUAUCAAUUUUUCACUUAACUGUUUUAGCUGUUGUUGUAAAUUUGUAUUCAUUCUAUUUGUUUUAGUUCCCCACCGUGUGUAAACUGUUCAGGCUUUUCAGGUGUCAGGUUUAAGUUUCGUUUCUUCCAAAGCACUUUGCCUGUGUCCCGCCCAUAACGUAUUUUUUGCCUCACUGUUUUACCGCACGGUCCGCACCCCCUUCAUUUACAUUUGCAUCUCACACUGAAGCAGCAGCACAGAUGGCGUAUUCUAACCCAGAAAGCCUCUUUCGAGAAGAACUGAGCUGUCCUAUCUGUUUACAGCUCUUUUCCGAGCCGGCUAUGCUCCCCUGUGGUCACAACUUUUGUGCUUCAUGUAUCGAGGGAGUGAUUGAAGGAGAAGCUGGGAGAGGACAGCACACCUGCCCUGAAUGCCUGAGUGAGUACAAGGGGAAAGCUGCGCUGCGGAGAAACGUCCAGCUUUGCAGUAUUGUGGAGGGAUUCAAAGCCAGUGAGAGCCCCUCCUCUCCGGUGCUCUGUGAUAUGUGCUUGGAGACCCCACACCCAGCUGUCAGGACAUGUCUCAAGUGCGAGAUCUCAAUGUGUGCUCUCCAUUUAAAACCGCAUUUGGAAAAAAAAACAUUUGAAAGCCACGCCUUGGUGGAGCCCAAGUCAGAACUCGGUAUCAACGCAUGCCCAGUGUAUGAAGACAUUGGGAAUUUUGGCUGCUCUGAGGACAAGUCCUGCGUCUGCAUCUCAUGCACCAUCAAAGGUAAGCUGAAGAAAAAAAAUCUAAUAAAAGCUUGUUCUGAAAUGAAGGGUGGACUACAGUCCAAGAUUAAAAUAAUGACAGAGAAGCUGAACCUAUCGCAGAGCUUCUUAGAGAAGGGGCACAUUCAUGGAACCUCAGUUAAAGCUGCCAGUGUGGAAAAUGGCAAAACCGAUCAUCCUGAACUGAAGUUGGACCUGGAAUCAGAGAUGAUAAAGAAAAUCCAUCUAGCAGAGAGCCUUCUCCAGAAGGGGGAAAAGAAUAAAGCCUCGGUGAAAGUUUCAAGCGCAGAAUUGAAACAGAACGUGUCAGGCCUGUUCGACCGCAUCGCUCAACUUGUUUGCACUUACAAAGAAAAGAUGCUAAAUAUGAUAGAAGAGGAACAGUGCUACCUUGUGGGCAGUCUGGAGCGCAGCACUGACUAUAUUACAAAGCAACAACAUCUCUGCAAAGAGAUCCAGCAGCAAGCGGACUCUAUCUUGGCAGAAACCGAUCAAUUCCAGUUCAUUCAGAAUUACCAGCAAAUCCAGACAAAACUAAAAGCAGCACUGGAAACCCCUUUAAAUGAGAAAGACGUUACGAGUCAAACGAUGCACAAUAAGAAACUCCUUGAAAGUCUGGAAAGGACGUUUGUCGAGUUUCAAGCUGAAAUUAGAGAGUCACACCAGGAGCUGAAGGUUUUGAUUUACCCCUCAGAGCUCACACUAGACCCGCACACAGCCCACUGUUCGCUGUCUCUCUCUGAGGAUCUCAAGACUGUCAGAUACACUGCUACGAAACAGCCUUACCCCCAGCUCCCAGAGAGGUUUGAUCAUUGGCGCCAGGUCCUGUGUUUCCAGGGCUUCUCAUCUGGAGAGCAUUACUGGGAGGUGGACGCUGGGGAGGGCUUUUGGCAUGUGGGAAUCUGCUACAAGAGCAUGGCAAGGAAAGGCAGCGGUACAGACUCUAAAUUAGGGUGCAAUAAGGCAUCCUGGACUGUUGAGUUGCAUGGGAAGCUGUCUGCUUGGCAUAAGAAUGUGUGCACUCGCCUUGAGGUGUCCACUCAGCCCGUCAAGCUUGGAGUGCACUUAAAUUAUGAUGCCGGGACUGUGACAUUUCUCAAUGUGUCUGACAAACAGACCCAUCUGCACACAUUUAGAGCACGAUUCACCGAACCAGUUUAUCCAGCGUUCUGGAUCCAAUCUGGCACAGCAACAUCUUGGAUAACUGUAAGAAGUACUACAGACAGGGACUUUCGAACAUAUGCAAAUAUUAACUAGCGAAGUCAGUAGCAUGCCCAGGAACAAACAAUGAUGCAAUCUAUUAUGCAAAAUGCAAAGUCUGGUUAACAUGCUCUCCAUAGGCUAGCGUGCGUAAUGCAAACCAACAAAUCCACAGCACAGCUGCCAAGGGGAAGAAUGAAGUCAGUUAUUUAUUUAUUUAAUUUGUAUUUAUUUAGAGAAGCUUUUGGAAGCUAAUCGUUCAGAUUUAUAAAUAAGAAACAUUAGUUUUGGUUUAUAAAGAUUUCAUCUUGUGCCUGUGCAGUUUUGCUAUUAAAACAAUCGAAAUCACGAUAUUAGAGCGCUGCUUGUCCCAGGUUUCGCGUUACAUGCAGCAAGAGUCGUUUUGCCGAUGGCAGCUGUGUCAUGACAACGGGUGACGUCAGUGCGGUUAUUAGGAGCGGCAUUGUUAAAGAAGGCUGCCCCUCCCGUUUGAAGGUGCUUGAUGGAAGCAAUGCAACCGUUUCAGAGCCGUCAUUUUAUUCUUUAGCUGUUUUUAACUUGUGCGCUCUUGCUUCCUGCUCCCUGUGAGUGGUGACAUGGAGGGACGAGUGAUUUUGAGAAGGUGCAUCGCAGAAACAGGAUUGUUCAUUCUGCAAAGUCAAAGAACGAGCACAGACAUACAGUACUCUACACACCUGAGGUCAAUUACAAUUGAAAUUGUGCAUUUUGUAAUUGGGUGUAAUUAUAAUGUAAUUGAAAUUGAACCUUGGCACACCUGUGUAGUUGUAAAAUUGUAAUUAUACCAGAUACAGUAAUCAACUGAUUCUAGUUCAAUUACGCAUUGAUUUGUCAUUCGAUCAUUGUUCUUGUAUUUUCAACCACCUCUGGUGACCUCAUGUGUUUGAAAACAAUUCAAGUUACGGUAUAUAGUGUGUUUCUGUAUUGUUGGUUAUUUGGAAUAAAUAGAGUAAACAUGUCAA